CGCACUCCAAUUAUUCGCUUGUCUGACGCUAGGAGAUAUGGUAAGACUUACACUACUGCUGUUUAUAUGUGCUCUGGCCAAGGCCAAGGCCAGCAACUGGGAUGUGGAGCUACACAAGGGCGUGGAAAUGGAUGUGCAGGAAUACGAGCGUAUGGUCAAGCUCCGUCACUUGUCGGAGGAGUUCUUCAGCUUCUAUCGGAAUAUAACUCUGUCUGACUUGGUGCCUGACUCAAGGCUGCCUACUGCGCAGGAUCUUAAAUGCUAUGCGGAGUUCGCCCAGCUGACCGCCGGCUUGCUUUCCGGCAGUCUUUGGGCAUACAGAAUGAUUGAUUCGUGGGGAUCGGUGCCAGCGGGAAUUCUCGUUGGCCAUUUCAGGGAUCUGGGGCACUACGAUGAGUGCGUUAACAUCCAGCAGGCCACCACCGCCAGCAACAAUCUGAUGGGACAGUACUGCCUUGCCAAUUUACCACUCCAGCAGCUGUUGGGAAAUAUGGGUCCCGUCGGAAUGUUAAAUGUGCAGACAGCUGUCUGCUUUCCCGCCUCCUGCUCGGCCACACACAUGGACACUCUGCUGCAACGACUUUUUAAGCAGCUAAUUGGAGUGGAGCUGGACGCAGACGUCAGUCUUGUGAAGGCAAGCACUUGCAAGACUGCUGAGCGAGAGUCCUACGAUGGACUCACAAUAUUUACCAUUAUUCUUUUGUCGGUAUUCGGAGCAGUCGUAGUCCUUUCAACGCUCUACGACUACGUCCUUUGCGAGGAUCAAAAGAAACUCCCUGCCAUUAUAAGGGUCUUCUCAGCACGCUUCAAUUCCCGGGGACUCUUCCGUAUCUCAAAUAACUCCAACCCGAAUGUUGUCCAUUGCCUGCACGGCAUGCGCGGCAUGUCCUUGAUCUGGGUGUGCAUCGGCCAUGAUUACCUUAUAGCGAGCACAACGCCGGUUAUCAAUUUACUCGAUGUGUAUACGUGGGCCAAGUCGCCUUUUAUGUACGUAAUAUAUGAGGGCGUUUUCGCGGUGGACACUUUUUUCUUUAUAAGUGGAAUGCUGGUCUCAAUGGUUGCCUUGCGCUCUAUGGAAAAAACCAAGGGAAGGCUGAACAUACCGUUGAUGUAUCUUCAUCGGUAUCUACGUCUCACUCCCAUCGUGGCAGUGGCCAUUCUCGUCUAUCUGAAAGUCCUGCCUUUAAUGGCCGAUGGCCCACUGUACGGCACCUGGAACUUUGAUAAUUAUAAAAGCUGUAAUACAGAUUGGUUCUGGACUCUUCUUUACAUACAGAACUAUGCCGCUGACAGGAUCUGCCUCGCCCAAACAUGGUAUUUGGCCAUCGAUAUGCAGCUCUAUAUCAUCGCUCCGUUGCUCCUGAUUAUUGUCUACAAGUGGGGCAAGAAAGGUGCCGCCGUUGUCCUACUUCUAACCCUCUUGCUAGCCGCUUACCUCUUCAGCAUACUGGUGAUCAAUGACUACUCCCUAUUGUCGGGAGGGGAUAUAGGUCUCUCCCAAAAGACACACAAUCGAGCAUCAGGCUGGCUUGUCGGUUUCCUCUUCGGGUACUACCUGCACACUAUCCGGGGAAAGUCGAUCAAGCUCAGUCGGGCCACUGUAUGGCUCGGCUGGAUCACCAGCCUGGCAUUGCUCACUACCUGUAUCUUUGCCAUGUACCCGUAUGGCUUUGGCAAGUCAAAGACUCUGUCCAUUUUGAGUGAAGCGUUCUAUGUGUCGCUCUCCCGGAUUGCUUGGCCUCUGGGCCUGAGCUGGGUCGUUUUUGCCUGCAUGCAAGGAUACGGUGGAUUGGCCAAUUCGCUCCUUUCCGCGCCCUUGUGGCAGCCGCUGUCCAAGCUGUCCUUCUGUGUCUAUAUGUGGCACUUGUUCAUUCAGAACCUAAACGCUGGACGCACUCGGGUAAACACCUACUUCUCCGACUACGAUGUGAUGCUGCGGUUCUGGCAGGACUUUGGAUUCUCUGUGCUCAUGGCGUACAUUAUGUACAUUUUAAUCGAAGCUCCUUGUGGCGGUUUGGAGAGUCUGAUUCUGCCGAAUCGUAGGGCACCUCCUACACCAAAACUGCCCCUUGCUGAGACUGAUCCAAACGCUAAUCAGUCAGCUAAUGAUGCUGAGAAUCAAACUUCAGCUCCAGAACCAAUUCAAACCAAACAAAGAGAAGAUUCACCAUCAGCACCUCCAUUGGAAAGUAAGACUGAACUGGAGGCAAACGAUGGAAAAGAUAUAGAUGCUACCAGUAGUUAGAAUUAUAAAAAUAAUGUAACAGACUAAAGCGGUUUAAUCCGAUUUAUUAACUUAUAUUUUG